AUGAGACUAUCAACUCUUGUCGCUGGGCUUUUCGCCGGCCUGGUAACCAAUGUCACUGCUACUGCUUUGACAUACAAGCUCGAUGCCAACGAGAAGGCCUGUUUCCAUACCACCACGAAAAAGCAGGGGGAGAAGAUCGCAUUCUACUUUGCUGUCCAAUCCGGUGGCUCUUUUGAUGUCGACUACGUCGUCGAGGGUCCCAAUGGCAAGAUCAUCAUGGAUGGUCAAAAGGAGCGACAAGGUGACUUUGUCUUCUCCGCCAAUGUUGUCGGCGACUACUCUUUCUGCUUCGAUAACGAGAUGAGUACAUUCGCCGAGAAGUUCGUCGAUUUCGAGAUUGCCGUCGAGAACGAGUCCCGCGCCCAACUGCCUUCCAAGCAGGGCACUACCCCCGAACAGACUUCGAUCCUUGAGGACUCCAUCUUCAAGGUGUCUGGCCAGCUUUCGACCAUUUCCCGAAACCAGAAGUACUUCCGAACUCGUGAAAACCGUAACUUUGCCACCGUCAACAGCACUGAGGGCCGAAUCAUCAACUUCAGCAUGAUCCAGAUCGGUCUGAUUAUCUGCAUGGGUGCUCUACAGGUGUUUGUUGUUCGAUUCUUUUUCCAGGGUGCGCGCAAGGGCUACGUAUAA